UGUACUUGAUAGUUUGGCUGAAUUUGCAACCGCUCACCAUACAGGUGCGCUCUCGGGUAUUGGCAUUGCAAUUGUUUGAGGCUUGAAAAUGUGACGUUUGCUGGACUUGUGCGCGUGGACAGUGACUUCUUGCGUCUUCGCUGCACGUCGAGCGACUGGUGCACGGCGGAGCAACAAACUGACAAAGCAGACACUGAAGAAGCGACGACUCCUGAUUUCUGUUGGACGAUUGUUGCGCUGUGCGUUUUUAGACGACCAUUUUCACGUUUUUCCACAUUAACAAAUGUGAAGCAUCGCGUUGCUUGGAAUAUAUAUAUUUUUGCCCCCGACACACGCACAACACACACGCGCGCGCGUUUUAUCCUCGUGAUUUUUCGAGCGGGGCCAGAGAAAUGUAGCUUCUGCUUGACAGAUGUGAGGCACUACAUCUGCACCCUACAGCAAGUCACCCCCUCCCCCUGUUUACCUGCUCAUGAGAGGAACUGCUGCAACCCCUCAUCACCAUCUGCCAUCUCGGACCCUGAAGGGAGCUGCUCUGUUGAUCAAGGAGUAAGCAGCAAGCCUGUUCCGAGAAGUAGAAGAGGACCAUGACUCCUGCAAGACCACAUGCUUGAAAGCAGACCACUGAAGUCGCUGAGCUAAGCUGGUUCCAGUGUAGCGCUGAUGACAAUGUUCCGGAGUAAUAUUUGACUGACGGGUGGUUCUCUGUCUAACCUGCAAGGGACAAUGGCUCGCCCUGGGCCAGGCUUGCUGCUUCCCGCAAAUGUACUGGGAUACCCUCCCCAGAAUCUGGCCAGAGUGGUGGUCUGGGAGUGGAUGAAUGAACAUGGGCGCUGGAGGCCCUACAGUGCAGCGGUGUGCCACCAUAUUGAGAACAUCCUGAAGGGCGAUGCCCGAGGAACUGUAGUUUUAGGACAGGUAGAUGGCCAGCUAUCUCCUUACAUCAUCGAUUUGCAGUCGAUGCAUCAGUUUCGACAGGACACAGGCACCAUGAGACCGGUGCAGAGGAACUUCUAUGAACCGUCCUCUGCUCCUGGCAAAGGUGUAGUAUGGGAGUGGGAGAAUGACAAUGGCUCAUGGACGCUGUAUGAUAUGGAGAUCUGCGUGACCAUCCAGAAUGCCUACGAGAAGCAGCACCCGUGGCUCGAUCUGACUUCUCUAGGCUUCUGUUACCUCAUUGACUUUAAUAGCAUGUCACAAACCAACAAGCAGAGUCAACGCAAGCGGCGGCUUCGGAGACGUAUGGAUCUUGCUUACCCGCUUAUCAUGGGAUCCAUCCCCAAGUCGCAGUCUUGGCCUGUGGGCGCCAGCUCCGGCCAGCCCUGCUCGUGCCAGCAAUGCAUCUUGGUCAACAGUACGAGAGCCGCAUCGAAUGCAAUCCUUGCCUCUCAGCGACGGAAGCUCCACGGAGGGCCCGCAGGCAAUACAGGUGCCACAGGAACCCUGACGACAGUGCGGCAGAGCAACACCUUUGCUGGAACCUCUCUUUGGUCUCCAACCUCAUCAGUGACCAAUAAUGUCAGUAUAGGAGGCGGGCAAACCAAAGGUGAACAGGUGCAGAUGCCAUUGUCCCCAACCAACUUUCCUGUGAUGUCAUCCCUUGGCCACAACACACUUGGAGUCAAUGGACAGAACAACUUGAACCGACCAGGCACUCAGCGCAUCUCUGUGGCCACUCCUAGAGGAGCCAUUCCACCAGGUGUUCCUGCUCUCCCAGUCAAAAACCUGACUGGGUCUGGACCAGUGCAUCCAGCGAUAGCAGGUAUGACCGGUAUCCUGAUGUGCGCUGUAGGUCUCCCUGUUUGCCUGACCCGAGCACCCAAGCCCAUUCUGCACCCGCCGCACAUCAGUAAGAGCGAUAUGAAGCCUGUGCCGGGAGUCAACGGUACGCGACGCAAGACCAAGAAGAAGCACCUGAGAAAAGGGAAAACCCCAGAGGAUGUUGUCCGUAGAUACACUGACAAAAUUAAAGUGGCACCAGAUGAGGACUGUACCAUCUGCAUGGAGAGGCUGGCCACGGCGUCAGGCUAUGAAGGCGUCCUGCAGCACAAAGGCAUCAAGCCAGAGUUGGUGGGCAAACUUGGCAAAUGCGGCCAUAUGUACCAUCUGCUGUGCCUGGUGGCCAUGUACAACAAUGGCAAUAAGGAUGGCAGUCUUCAAUGCCCAACAUGCAAGACCAUCUAUGGAGAGAAAACGGGCACUCAGCCUCCCGGGAAGAUGGAAUACCACGUCAUCCCCCACUGCCUACCCGGCUACCCAGACUCCAAGACCAUUCGCAUCGUCUACGACAUUCCUGCCGGUGUCCAGACCAACGAGCACCCCAACCCUGGGAAGAAGUUCAGCGCAAGGGGGUUCCCUCGGCAGUGUUACCUGCCAGACAACGAAAAGGGCAGGAAGGUUCUCAAGCUGCUGAUCACAGCUUGGGACAGACGCCUCAUUUUCACCAUCGGCACUUCCAGUACCACAGGCGAGUCUGACACGGUGGUGUGGAACGAGAUCCACCACAAGACCGAAUUCGGCUCCAACCUGACUGGCCACGGCUACCCUGACCCAAAUUACUUGGACAACGUCCUGACGGAGCUGUCGGCCCAGGGGGUUGGCGAGGACAACCUGAAGGACUAAGAGCCUGCCGAGCUGGCCGGCAACAACACGGUCCGAUCGUCAUUUUUCCUAGGAAACCAUAAUGCCAGAUUAAAGUUCAUCGUCCAGCGCGCUACUCUUUACUUGCCCUGACUGAGACCCUGAAGUGGUGGCAAGACAAGAGCGAUGGAAGCAAAACAAUUGGGGUCUUUUUGUUUUUCCUUUGCGUCAUGCCCAGAGCAUGUACGCGUCUGCAAAGACUUUGAGGCACGCACUCCGUGUCUCCAUUGCUGCCAGCAAACGUGUCAUCGACCUCUUUUGAGUCAAAGCAAAGCAUCUGCACUUGUAGCGCGAUAAGAAGGCGUGCGGGGGCCAGAUUGCAUGGUCCGACCAACGCUGCAUAAUGAAUGUUGAGGGAAUUGCUGCAAUAAGAUGAUGAGGUGCCAAUGAAGCUUUUCUCACUACAUAAGACACAUUUUAAAGAAAUAUAUUAUAUACAUCUUCGCCCCGGUUUAGUAAGAAAAUCAAAUAUGGUGAGACUUUUCUGUGAUUUUUAAACGAAGUGUGCCCCAUCACUGAAGCAAGGGCUAAAGAAAGUGUUUUUUAGUGUCAUGAAGUAGCUUUUGGGUUAGCGGAAUCUCGGAAGGUUUCGCUAAUAGACAUAGAUUACAUUGUUAACCUUGUGGGCUGCCGAUGAAAGGGGCUGUGAAAUACCCCAGCAGACAUUUGAUUGCUUGCCAUGAGAUUUUACAGCGUACCCUUGCUACAUUCCAAAGCAAAAGUCAUUUAUUUUGUUGACACUGAUAAUGCUGACCUCUGUGAACAUGAAGGCUCACGCUAGUAUGCUCUCAUUUGAAGGAAAAUGUGGCCUUGGGUCUAUCCAUCAUGCUGCCAUGCACGAAGGGUGUGCUGGGGUGUGACUGAAUGCACCGAGUUCCUAAAGAUGUCGUCAUUUUCCCUCGGAGGAUCCAUCGUGUGAUUCUUAACCCUCCUGGGAGGUUUUUUUUUUUUUUUGCCCUGGGCACUGCUUUCCUUCUGUGGGGAGCAGUUAGACAUGUUCUCUUCUUGGUUCGUGUCCUCUUCAUUAGCAGCAGACAUCCUUUCUGGAAACAUGCAAAUGAUGCUUUAACGCAAAUGCAUCAGAAGUAUAUCGAUUUUUUCCUUGUAAGUUUUUUGCUCUCCCUCCAAGAUGUUAUGCCCGAUGGCUAAAAACGUUUUUGAAGAUCCUUGCUUGGGAGCUUCGUUAGUUUUGUUUUUUUUACUUGCGGAUGAAAGCGAGGUCAGCCAGUACUGACUUCCCACAAAAGCAUCUGAUCAACUUUAAUGAGGUGGGAUGUUGGUGUAAAGUUGUUGUGGGGCUCAUUUCGGGGCGAAUCGCAAUCUUCCACGGCAAUUUUUGAGGCAGCAGCUCUGCUUCGUAGGUUGAUUUUUUGUUUUUCCUUUUUUUAAGUCUUAAAUGACAUUUUAAACGUUUUGGUUUUUUUCUCUUUCAAAAAAUCAUCUUGUAGUACUUUGGGGAAACAUUAUCUACAAAUGUUCUAUACUCUACAAUUCAAGCUCAGUUUGAUUGUAUGGUUAGUUUUUUUUUAUACCCCAAAACACUCACUCAUGAACAUAGCUAUAACAAACGUAGAUGUCAAAAUGAUACAUAAAAUCUGACCAUUAUGUCAGUUUGUCAGGGACUGUUUAGGACAAUGUUUAUGACAUGUUAAUGGACGUCUAAUAUAAUAAGUAGUGUUAGUGUAUGCUACUGUCUGUACCUUCAUGUAGAAUGUGUAUAGUUGACUUGAAUAAAUAUAGUCAAUGUAUCUUUAUCAUUAGUGGGGGAGCCUAAAGAGCAUGAUUGUUGUCAUUUUCCCCAAAAGGGUUGUUUCUAUGGAUGAAAUUUAGAUAACCUUUCAUCAAAAGCAAACAAUUGGGUCAAUAUUGGCUGCGGAUAUGUGGAAUUGGAUUUUUUUUUAAAGGCCCUGAAAAACUUUUUUUCUUUUCUUACAACCGUGCUUUGUAUUGUGUGAUAUAUGCAAAUGAAAAAUGUGCAACUUUGCUGCUGUUGCAUGCACGCGUGAAGCAGGCCUGCAGCUGCUUCUGGUGCCUCCAAAAUCAACACAGCCUGUUGUCAAGUUGUGUCAGUGACUAUUGCGUUUAUUGACGUGGCGUUAGAGUGGCUGGAGGUCACCUUGAGGGGCAGCAAGCCGACAGGGCAUUUUGAUGGAUUUAUAAGUGUUGUUUUGUUUGCUUUUUAAGCAAAACCACUUUUUUUUUUUUUUUGGGUGGUGAUCCAGCAGUAGGUAAAAAUUGUCUGCUUCUUUGCUGCGGUUCCGACGUAUUUAUCGUGUUAAUAGUUGUUUGACCACCACUUUCAUCGAGGUUUAUUACUUUUACACGUAGCAGAUGUCAACUAAUCAUGAAACAUUCAGGGAUUAUUAUUGCGUGUCUAAGGGAGAAUCCUAUUCAUUUUAGAUGAUGGUUCUCCAUUUCUACAGAUAAUAUCUUUUAAGUUGAACUUAACUCAUCAUUCAAAAUAUGUUCAGGCAGAAAGCGUAUCUUUGGGUAUUUUUCUUUUUCUCGAGUUUUCUUGCUGUCUUUUUUCAGUCUCAGCGUUCUCCUUGGCCCCCAUUUACACUGGAUGGCAGCUCUUGCCUUUAUAUGCAAAAAUGCAUCUGUAUGAACAGAACCUUUCCAGCUGAAAUGAUCAGCUUGAUAAAAGUUAACAAAUUUUUGUCCGAGAAAUAAUUCAUAUGGAAGCAAUCACGCACAGGAUGUUCAUACAUUAUUUUAAGAUGUUUCAUCUAAAAUAUUUUUCAGGGCCUUUGAAUUUUUUUUUCCUUCCUUAAUUUAUUCCAGUACUCAGUUAACCGAACAUGCAUGUUCUUGGGAUAUAAACUGUUACUGUGAGGCAGACAUGUUCAUGAAAUAUUCUUUCAUUUCAUUACAGUUUCAAGUUGUGCUCUUAUUCAGGCUGUCUAAUUUUCUGCCACCCUCCACAAGGCAAAAUAAAUUGAAACUAUUCCAUUUUCGGUCCUCCUUUCACUUUUGGAGGCCUUAGUUAAAAGGAUCAGGGAAAUGUCUACAUUGAGUGAAGUUUAAUGAAGUUGAGAAAUCCAAGUGUUGAACAUUUUGUCGGCCCUUUAGACUUUCAGGUGUGUACAGACUUCUGUGGGAAGGAAAAUGCAAUGUGGUUUGGUAUGCCUGAUCGACAGAGAUCUUGUUUAUGCAAUUUACUAUUUUUAAGACGUGAAACCUGAUUUAUUUGUAGCAAAGAUGGUGAUUCGUUUGAGUUAGUGGUAGUUUUUUGUGGGUUGCCUCACUCUUGUCUAUAACAAAAGCAGACAUAUACAUAAUGGAAAGCAUAUAUUUUUGAUGUAUUUUCUGAUUAAAGAUUGUCUUUGCGAUAACUAUAACAUAUCCUUUUCCAUUUGAUUUGAAGUGGAAAGUUAUGACGUAUCAUUCUGCGCAGGAUGUAGUAUUGACUACCGUAAUUGAAAGUCAUAAUAUGUUCAAUGCUUAUCGUACAUUUUUCAACUAUACCUUAAACAUUUAGUGUGGCUGUAUUGUCUGUUGGUAUCUCUUUGUCUCUUUGAGUGUGCGUCUUGCAAGACAAAAUCAUAGGCCCACGCUGUCCUUUAAAAAGACAGUAACGUUCUUCCCGAGAUGCAUGUGAGCCUCUUUAAUGGCAACGUGUAUGAAAUCAUCAAAAGCUCCUCUUUGGAAAGGUCAACCAGAUGAUGUUGGCAUUUUAGCACUGUGCUCUGCAUCUUGCCUCAGAACAUUUUCAUUUUACACGAGUGGACGAGAUGGCGUUUGGCUAAUUUCGCCUCUUUUUGGAUAUUUACAACACGCUUAAUGUUUUAAUUGACAUUUACGAUUCCUAAUCAUGUGGUUUGACAUCACUUGAGCAGUGUCAACCUUUUUUCUUGUUCACAAACAUAAAAGUGAAAUGAGCUUAAAGAGACAUAGAGACUAUGGUUUAACUACUAUAAAGGGCUUUUGAAUCAAUAAUCAGUCUUUAUUGAAUCGUGUUAACCUUGUUGCAUGUUUUCUGUCUUGUGGACAAAAAUGGAAAAAUAAAUGUGCCCUCAGUGGGGGUGAUUUUGUUUCA